GUCAUGUUUGCUUUAAUCAACGGAAGAUGUAUCUAAAUUUAGAUUUUUUCUUCUUUCAGAAUUUUAUUUCUAUUUUUCAUGGCUAUUGUUUUGAAUCGAUAGCCCAUCGUAUGCCUCCCCCUCCCCUUCCACCUAUUAUUCCAGCAAAGAACGGGGCCGUUUGAGACUCGGAGCCCGGUGACGUCAGCGGACUGAUCCAGCAGCUGUGGAGGCGAAGGAGGAGGAGAAGGAGAAGGAGGAGGAGAAGCAAAGACACCACCGCUUCUGUAGCUCGCGGGAGGACUUUACAGUUCGGACCGCUUUGUGUUCGAGUUUUUAAAGGAUGCCACACUAAUGAGAGCAGAUCGACCUCUAAAUGACUCCAGCACAAACAUCACACCUGAACACCAGCAGUCCACAGUAACCACGGAAGAUUGGCAGGUAACCAAGGGGGCCUCAGUGACUUACAUUUUCCACUAUGAACCGCGCCUUCAACAGGAAAAAAGGGGACACUUCGACAGGCAGAGGCACGGCUGUGCUAUGGGCUCACCUAUCUCGCCCAUUGUGGCCAACUUGUACAUGGAAGAAGUCGAGAGAAGAGCCCUGGACUCUUCCCCAGAUAAAUCAUGGAUGCACACCCCGGAGGCUCUGGCCAAGCACUAUAUAGCUUACAACGCCAAGUUCCUGGGAAACACUGAGGUUGAAGCCCCCAAAGGCACUGAAGUUGUGAAGGAUGCAGUGAGAAAGCUGAAGUUUCAGAGACACAUCAAGAAGUCAGAGGGUCAGAAGAUCCCAAAAGUGGAGCUUCAGAUCUCCAUUUAUGGAGUGAAGAUUUUGGAUCCCAAAACAAAAGACGUGGAGCAUAACUGUCAAUUACACCGAAUAUCCUUCUGUGCGGAUGACAAGACCGAUAAAAGGAUAUUUACUUUUAUCUGCAAAGACUCGGAGUCUAACAAACACCUGUGUUAUGUGUUUGACAGUGAGAAAUGUGCAGAAGAGAUUACUUUGACAAUCGGUCAGGCCUUCGAUCUGGCCUACAAGAAGUUCUUGGAGUCUGGCGGUAAAGACGUAGAGACCAGAAAACAGAUCGGAGGCCUGCAGAAGAGAAUUCAGGAACUGGAAACAGAAAAUGCUGAGCUGAAGAAGCAGCUCCAGGAUCUUGAGGAGCAGCUGAUGAUAGCUCACGUACCACCACUGCACAUAAAUGCGACCAAUGAGGCGUACAUGCUGCAGAGGCCCUCCUCUCUCUUCUGGUGCCACAGCAUCAAGUCGCUCUCCUGUCUGGAGAUCUCCUCUGUCACACUCACUCCUAUGAGCUCGCCGGAGUCCAACCUCUCCACAGGGUUACUAACUCCUCCACCUGCCCAACCUGCUCUUCCUAUUCCUAAAGCUAGCGAGGGGUGUAGCAUCCCGCGGCCUCGCGUGGGAAGCAUCUCCACAAGACAACAGUCCACAGACAUUUUUGACAUGGUCCCCUUCUCACCUGUGACCCCGCUGGUUCCUGUGCCAGCCAGCAACGGCUGUCCACCUCCUCCACCGACCACGCUGCCGCCUGACAUAAGCAAAGACCUGUUUGGUGCAGAACCCUUCGAUCCGUUCACCUGCGGGGCAGCAGACUUCCCCCCAGAUAUUCAGUCCAAGCUGGAUGAGAUGCAGCGUCAGCGAUGGAGGGGUUCAAAAUGGGACUAACUCUGGAGGGCACCGUCUUCUCUCUGGACCCGCUGGACGGCCGCUGCUGAUGCCGAGAGGACCCCCACACACACUUUGAGGCAGACUUUUAACCCAUUUGUAUGAAGAAGUGCCAAAACCCUGUCCAGUGUCAAAGGUCAAACCCUUCCCUCCUUUUCAUUUUGAGUUUUGUAAACAUUUACAUUGGAAUUGGUUUUCAGUAUUUCAAGGUAAACUCUGAUUCAAUAGAGAAGAGAGCUAUUUUUGUAAUAAAUAGGAGAGAUAUGCUUCUGGAAGGAGUACUUGCGAGUACUUUUUAAUUGCACAGUGCUGAUGUAAAUAGUGGAAUACGUCCAGUGGUACAGUCUCCAUAAGUGUGUGUGCACCAGCUGAAUUCUGUACUGUUAACACAUUCCUGGUUGUUGUUGAACUUAAAAAAAUAGAUAUAUUGAGAUCUGUUACAGUUCUUUUAUUUCAACUAUAAUCUCAAAUAUUUUUGUUUACUCAGCAUUAAUUUACUUUAACACAUUUAGUUUGAAUUUGUACUUUGACUUUCUUCUUCUUACUGACAUCGCUUUUGUUGGCGCAUUUUAUACAUUUUAUCUGUCAUUUUAAAGUUUUACUUCGUUUUAGUUUUUUCAUCCAAUUUCUUUUUUCUUCUUUUUUUGCUCCGCCCCUUUUCUUCUCUUUAUUUUCUUUUAUGGAGAACAUUUCUGUAUUUUGGUUGUAUUGACUUUAAUGCAACAGUUAUUAAAGACAUUACUACUGGAAAGGAAAAA